AUGACCCAAAGACUCACGUUUACUACUGCCAGCAUUCAGAAUCUCGUCAUUUCCAACCCAACUGACGCACUCUACUAUGAGGUGUUAACCCCUGAGUGGGAGUCACAUCAGACGAAAGUGCGCCGACUGGACACUCGCACAGACCGCUAUGACACUGUCGGCAACAUCCGAAACCAGUCAGGCAAACCCGUCGCAGUCAGCAUGUAUAACGGAGAGUUCAUAAACGAGGCAUUAUGGUUGCGGAAAAUCAAGGGUCAAGGCCAACAGAGUCGAUGGGAAUUUGAUGACGGCGAGGGAAACUAUUUCUCUUGGACUAUAGCAGGUUCCAAUUUGGAGCUUCGCAGCCUUGAUGAGGGUGGAGCGCAAAGUUCGAACCCCAUAGCAACAUUCUAUCCCCACAAGCGCUACGCCGUUGUAGGGAUGAUAUCGCAACAUGCAUUUUUGGAGAUCGAGUCAUCUGUGGUGGAUUCCCUGGAUACAGUACUAGUUUCUCUACUCGUCCUUGCGCGGAAACGGAGAAGAAAGCACAGUCUUUAG